CCUUGUUACUUUCUCGCCCGGCUCCUACGGCUGGGCAUUAAAGGGCCCGCUCGCUCAGCCUCCUGCCCUUUUCCCCAGUGUGUUUCCUCUUCUUUUCAUCGCCUGGACUAAGGCGGGCUCAAGAGGAGAGACAGGUAGGAAAAGAUCUGUUCCUGGCAUUGCGGUCUUCUCCUAUCAUGUCGGAGCCGAUAACACUGAACGUUGGUGGGAAGUUGUAUACCACUUCGCUCUCCACCCUGACCAGCUUCCCAGAUUCCAUGCUGGGUGCCAUGUUCAGUGGGAAGAUGCCCACCAAGAGGGACGGCCAAGGCAACUGCUUUAUCGACAGAGAUGGGAAGGUUUUCCGCUACAUCCUCAACUUCCUGAGAACCUCUCACCUGGACCUCCCUGAGGACUUCCAAGAAAUGGGGCUGCUCCGACGAGAAGCGGAUUUCUACCAGGUCCAGCCAUUGAUCGAGGCCUUGCAGGAGAAGGAGGUGGAGCUCUCCAAAGCAGAAAAGAAUGCCAUGCUUAAUAUCACCUUGGACCAGAGGAUUCAGAUGGUUCAUUUCACAGUGCGGGAAGCUCCCCAGAUCUACAGCCUGUCGUCUUCCAACAUGGAAGUGUUCAGCGCCCACAUAUUCAGCACCUCCAGCUUGUUUCUGAAGCUUCUAGGAUCCAAAGUCUUCUACUGUUUCAACGGCAACCUCUCCUCGAUAUCCAGCUACCUGGAGGAUCCCUACCAUGUCACCUUAGACUGGGUUGCGAGUGUAGAAGGCCUUCCCGAAGAAGAGUACACCAGGCAGAACUUAAAGCGGUUGUGGGUGCUGCCGUCUAAGAAGCAAAUUAACAGUUUCCAGAUGUUUGUGGAGGAGGUACUGAAAAUUGCCAUGAGCGAUGGCUUUUGCGUCGAUUCUUCUCACCCGCACUCCUCGGAUUUCAUGAAUAAUAAGAUUAUCCGGCUAAUUCGGUACAAGUAGACAAAGCCUUUUUGUAUUUUUCAGUGAUAGCGACGACAUGUUGGACUCCUGUCCUCUCGACAUGAGUUACACAUGGAGCCCAGAUGCACUAAUCUGAAUUACGAAGCACUAAUUUGGAAGUUAAUCCUCACUUGAUUGACUAACUGGUCUGUGUUGAGACUCACAUAGGGAUGGGUAAUGAAUCGGUAUGUGGGUUGAAUGGAGUAACUGCACAAUGCACUUUCAGCGGGACUUAUGGAAAACACUGGCUCUUUGUCAACUGACUGUGCUUCUCCAAGAAGCGUUGUUAGAAAGGGAUGAGUCUAUUCUAUCAUUGUUAUGACGACACCAGCAAUGACAUUAGCACUGGGAGAAGGGAGUGUCCACAUCAUACUUUUUCUUCUCUCUUAUUGCUUGUGGAAUGCUAUUGUGCCUGGUAGAGAAGAAGCAAAAAUCAAGGCAGCAAAGGUGAAAAAGGGACAAUAUUGAGGGAUUGAGUUGUGUUAAGUUUAUACAAUAGCCCACAGCUGAAAUGAAACUGCCUAUCUCUAGCCUGGAAAAAAAUAAUUUGCAAUAUUUGAUGAGGGAUUUAAGAUUUUCUUCUUUUGUUUAAUAGCAGAAGACAUCUGCUACUCUCUUCUUUUCCCAUUGGAUACUAGUGCAAUCUAAUCUAUCUGAAAUUGCUUCUAAAAUUCUUGGGUAUCUAUGCACUUGUGCCCAAGCUGAGCUUCAGCGGUGAAAAGGUUUCUGGAUGAAAUAAACCUCUGAGCUGAGCAUAGCAUGAUAAUUGUUGAAACACAUUCCCUCACCUACAUCGCAUGAGCUCUGGCACAUAAAUUUAAAUAUGCUCAAGUCCCUCAGAGUAACAGUUUUGCCUCUUUUUAAAUGUGAAUGCCCAGUUUAUCAUAUUUAAAAGAAAUACAGAUACAAGCUCUAGAUGUUUGGCGCUACAAGGGCAAGACAAAAUAAACCAAGGCCCCAUUGUAGGAAGCUAGUAGGUAAAGGUAAAGGUGACAUUAAUUCUAGUUGUGUCCGACUCUGGAGGUUGGUGGUCAUCUCCAUUUCUAAGCCGAAGAGCUGGUGUUGUCCGUAGACACCUCCAAGGUCAUGUGGCCAGCAUGACUGCAUGGAGCGCCAUUACCUUCCCACCAUAGCGGUACCCAUUGAUCUACUCACAUGUUCAUAUUUUUGAACUGCUAGGUUGUCAGAAAUUGGGGCUAACAGUGGGAGCUCACUCAUUCCCCGGAUUCGAACUGCCGAUCUUUUGUCAGCAAGUAGCAGCUCAGCUGUUUAAUCUGCUGCACCAUCGGAGGCUCCAUAGGAAGCUAGUAGUGUUAGACAUUUGCACAAAUGUUCUGCUGUCUGGUUGUCAGAAAGAGAAAAGCAACUUGACGUUGCCUACCAGCCAUGCAGGAAACAGCCCACAAAAGCUAGACAACUGCAAAGUACAUUCUCUGAGCCCUUUCAGAAUUCACAAGGUAAAAGAUGAUGGUUCCUAGGCACCUAGAUGGAGAAUCCAUCUAGAGCAGUUUUUCUCAGCCAUUGAUUCUCCAGAAUUCUUGACAAGCCCAAGCUGGUUUGGGCUUCUGGAAGUUGAAGUCACAAACACCUGGAAGAUCAGUUUAGGAACAAAGUAUUUUGGCAGCAGUCAGCGUAGGUGGCCAUCUGACAGUAUUUAUGAGAAAGGAUAGGAUAUAAAUUAAAUAAAAGUAGUUUUAACAAGGCCAGCAGAAGUCAUUACAUUGCAGACAGAAUCUAGCUCACCAACUUCAUAUAUGUAUGCAUUUGUUUAACUUGGGCUGCAAUUCUGUGUGAGAUGCAAGGGAUACAGUGGCAUUUAUGUCUAAGGCCCCUUACACACAGCUGAAUAAAAUUCCACAUUUUCUGCCUUGAACUGAGAUAUAACAGUAUUCACUCAGAUAACCCAGUUCAAAGGAGAUAUUGUGGGAUUUUCUGCCUUGAUAUGCUGGGCUAUAUGGCUGUGUGGAAAGGCCCUAAAUAAGCAUAAACCACACAGAUUCAGCGAGUUGGAAGAGACCAUGAGGGCCAUCCAGUCUAAUCCUAUUCUGCCAUGCAGGAAGACACCAUCAAAGCAUUCCCAACAGAUGGCCAUCCAGCCUGUAUAUAAAAACCUCCAGAGAAGGUGACUCCACCACACUCCCAGGCAGCAUAUUCCACUGCCAAACAGCUGUUACCAUUAGGAAGGUCUUCCUAAUGUUUAGGUGGAAAAUUAUCAUGUCUUCUUUGAUAAUUUUCCCAAAAUUAAAAGUUAUUCACCAGAUUGGGGGAGGGGGGCAUAAACAUGAAUUUCCCAAAUGGGUUAACAGAUUAAACAAAGUGGUGUAAAGCGAGGGGAUGACAUACAGUAGAAUCUCACUUAUCCAAGCUUCACUUAUCCAAGCUUCUGGAUUAUCCAAGCCAUUUUUGUAGUCAAUGUUUUCAAUAUAUCAUGAUAUUUUGGUGCUAAAUUCGUAAAUAUAGUAAUUACAACAUAACAUUACUGCAUAUUGAACUACUUUUUCUGUCAAAUUCAUUGUAUAACAUGAUCUUUUGGUGCUGAAUUUGUAAAAUCAUAACCUAAUUUGAUGUUUAAUAGGCUUUUCCUUAAUCCCUCCUUAUUAUCCAAGAUAUUCGCUUAUCCAAGCUUCUGCCGGCCCGUUUAGCUUGGAUAAGUGAGACUCUACUGUAAUAUAAAAUUAAAAGCAGUAGAAAAAAGGUUUCUUGUUUGAGCAAUGGAAUAUUAAAUUGAGGAUUAACAAUACAUAAAACGAGCAAGGAACCUACUGAAUCCGUCUCUAGGAAACUACCAUGCUAGUUAUGUUUGCUUAAGGAUACUUACAUAGCAGCAUUUAAGGGGUGAGUGACCCUCAGGGGAAAAAGUUAUAUGCCACAUUCUUGACUUGUUGUGCUAUCAACCAAUAGCAUCUCUGUUUUAACUGGACUGAAAUUCAGGUUGUGAAGUUUCAUCCAGCGUCUGUUCAAGAUGUCUAAAGCCCACCUUGGUCUGAUUUUAUUACAUCUGGUUCCUAACAGAAUCUCGACAAUUUUCUCCUGCCAUUCUGAGUCUAAAUCUGCCAGUAAAAACAUGAAUAAUUUAGGCCUAAAAUGGCUAUUCCUGUGUUUUCUUUUUUGAUGGAUCAUAAUUGUUUCCACCAGAGUAACACUUAGUGGAGUUCUUCUAUUGGUAAGGUCUAAUAUGGUCUAUAAGUUCCAUAAAAUGCAAGUUCUGUUGUGUUGCUGUCAGUAAAAUAAUGCAUACACCACAGAAUCUUUCAUACAGAAGAAAAGAGUCAUUUUAUUUUUCUUUGGGUGCUUAGACCAGUUUGAUUCUUUUACAUCUUCUAUUUCCUUGAAUGUCAUGUAAAUUUGGAGCACAUCCUUCAGAAGUCUCAAAAUGUUUCAUGUUGUCAUUGCACACAUUUCUUUUGGCUUGAGUUAUCUCCGGAACACAAUUUUUUCAUCUUUUUGUGGUACAUUAUUGCCUUUCAAUUGUGGGAUUUUCACGUCUUCUGUCAUAAAUUUCCAGCAAUUAAAAUUUUUGCCAGUCUUG